ACUCAGACAAACAUCAACUGGCAGAAUAACUUCUAAACUUGACAUGUGGACAUAGGACUGAGGAGUAAGAGCAAGAAAUCACGCCUGUGCACAUCAUAGCUACCAGCCACAAAUAUGGAUGGAAUUAUAACACCCCCCCUGCUGCCCAAAAAUCAGAGCCUUGCCAACAGCACCUGCUCUCGUGACAACUUUUUUAAGACGGUGGUUUUACCUGUUUUCUACUCUUGCCUUUUCCUGCUGGGACUCUCUCUGAAUACGUUGGCAGCGUGGGUGUUUUUGCGCAUACCAUCUCGGUCUCACUUCAUUAUUUACCUGAAGAAUAUUGUUGUUGCAGAUGUCAUCAUGACGCUGACAUUCCCCUUCAAGGUGCUGUCAGACUCAAACAUGGCACCAUCCUACAUUAGGAUUUUUGUGUGUCGGGUCUCCUCUGUGUUGUUUUACCUCUCAAUGUACAUUAGCAUUCUUUUCUUUGGGCUCAUCAGCAUCGACCGCUGCAGAAAGACCAUGAUGCCUUUUAGGGGCACUAACUCUGCCCGGCUGGCUCGCAGGAAACUCCUCUCCGGUGCUAUCUGGAGCUUUUUGCUGAUUCUCUGUCUGCCGAAUGUAAUCCUCACACGAAAUACUCCAACUUCUCCAAAAUUUAAGUGCAGUGAUCUAAAAACAGAAGUAGGGCUAGUGUGGCAUGAAGUGGUAAAUUACAUUUGUCAAGUGAUUUUCUGGGGGAACUUGGUUACUGUGAUAAUAUGUUACACUUUGAUUUCAAGAGAGCUGUACAAAUCCUACUCUCGCACUAAAUCCCACAGCACUGAAAGGGUAUCUUUAGCAGCAAGAGGAGAAACAGAUCAUAAGUCCCCCAAAUCCAAGAGAAAGAUGAAUGCAAAUGUAUUCUUAGUGCUGGCAGUCUUCUUUGUGUGCUUUGUGCCAUUUCACUUUGUCCGAAUCCCGUAUACAAUGAGCCAGACCAGAGGGCUUCUCUUUGAUUGUAAGCUUAAACUUUUCUUUUUCCACCUGAAGGAAAUCGCUCUAUUGCUGUCUUCCUUAAAUGCCGUACUGGACCCUCUUAUCUACUUUUUCCUCUGUCGGUCUUUCAGAACCACUUUGUUCAAUACUCUGCGGCUGCCUCCUGGUACCUGCAGCUCAUUAACAGAAAGGGGGUCCAACACAGUGCGAGAUUCAUCUGCAGCUACAUAAAACCAGCAGACUUUAAUUUAGAAUUUUAUGUCAAGACUUAAAAAAAAGAUUGCAUUUUAAAAUAUCCUGCUAUUGAGAUUUUUUUUUUUUUUUUUUUUUUUUAUAUGGCAUUGUGAUAUGAGAAGAUAUGUGGUUUAUUGUAGAGAAAACAAACUAAGAUAACAAUAUAAGCUUGUUUUGGUUUCUUCUUGAAAAAGUUACAAUAGGCAUGAUGGUUUCUGGUUCUCCUUCCUGCUCAAAGUAGACAAGUUUCAGAUUUAUAUUCAAAUCUUACUCAUGAUAAUAAAGGAAAGUGUUGGCUCAUUUUGAUAUAUAAACAAAUAUAUUGUCCUGCUUGUUUGUUUGCAUCCUUACCCAUAUAUUAGUACAUGUAUGUUUCUGAUUAAGUUCUAAUGACUUUAUAAGCCUUUUUGUGUUUUGUGUUGAGUUGUGCCAUUAAGAGUAAUUGUUCUGUCAAUUUUGUAAGAUACCUUAUUAAAGAA